AUGAAUCCUCGUAUAAACCGCUCACUAAUUGGCGAAGGAGGGGCAUUAGUGAAAGCUAUACCGACGCCAACUUCUCGGGAGAGCGCAUCUCCUGCUUCUAGCUAUAGAGGCCAUCCUCCGCAAGAGGAGAGUGUCAGUGACAAAGCACUCCGGUGCCUAGACGCACUCAUCCGUACUGUCCUCAGCGACUCCUCGAACCCCAGAAGAGAUGCCGUGCGAAAAAUCCCUUCGCUGCCAGAGGGGUUUCUCCUCGGAUAUAAAAAAGGCAAGUCGAAGAAGGCACGCUUGCUAGGUCGCGGGGUUACUCGUUUUCUUUUGAAGCCUAGUCGACUGAAGUUGCUUGCCUAUCAGGUAGGCAUUGUUCAGGGCGAUCUUGAAGAUUGGUGCCAGAAGAGAUGUACGCUCGGCGUCAGACACGCCCCAGAAUUCAGGACGGAGAUCAAUCAGGCAUCUACGGCAGGUGAGUUCCCAAAUGCAACCUCAACAACCAUCCUUUGUUCGAAUAGUAAUGAGUGCCGAGUCAUGGUAGCGUGUCUGAAUCUAUUUCAGUGCCAUGGUGGCGUAUGGUGUAUGAAUACUCUAGACUUUCCUGGUCCUUCGAAAAGGACAAGCUUCCGGCAAUCGGAGGAUAGCGGCCCGGUUUCAAGAGCUUCUCAAAAGCGAAUACCGUUCAAGAUUCUUGAAAGACCCCCUCCAAGCCAACAUAAACUGUCUGUUUCUAAAUUUUUACUCUCAUAUUCAACAUCUGAAAAGACAAGUUACGCAACUAAUAUUCAGCCUUUCCAAAUAUAG